CCUGACUGAGCUCAGGGAAGCACUGCACAGCUACUCAGUUACACUCCCCCACAGAGAGUCAUGGCUACGGAGAACCCUGUAGAAAGCCUUCAGGAGGAAGCUACUUGUCCUAUCUGUCUGGAGUAUUUUAAAGCCCCAGUGAUUCUAGACUGUGGGCACAAUUUCUGUCGGCUCUGUGUCACCCAGUGCUGGCAGGGAUCCAAUGCCAACUUCUCCUGCCCUCAGUGCAGAGAAAUCCUUCAACACAGAAACUUCAGGCCUAACAGGCAGCUGGCAAAUGUUGUAGAACUUGCCAAACAGCUGAGAUUACAGGUAGCAAAAGGAGCCGAAGGGGAGAAAGUGUGUGAGACACAUGGGGAAGCCCUGAAACUGUUCUGUGAGGAGGAUCAGACCCCCAUCUGCCUGGUGUGUGACAGAUCCAAGGAGCACAGAGCUCAUGCUGUGGUUCCUAUAGAGGAGGCUGCCCAGGAGUACAAGAAAAAAAUUCAGACCCAUUUGAUGUCUCUGAAGAAAGAGAGAGAAAAACUACAGGAAAUUCAAAUGAUGGAUACACAGAGAAGCUGGGAACAUCUGAAACAGACAGAAGCUGAGAGGCAGACGAUUAUGUCUGAGUUUGAGCAGCUGCAUCAGUUCCUGAGAGAACAAGAGCGACUCCUGCUGGCCCGACUGGCAGAGCUGGACCAGGAGAUUGUGAAACUGCAGGAUGAAAAUGUCACCAAACUCUCCAAGGAGAUUUCCCAUCUCAGUGAGCUGAUCAGUGAGCUGGAGGGGAAGUGCCGGCAGCCAGCCAGUGAGUUCCUGCAGGACAUCAGGAGCACCAUGACCAGGUCUGAGGAGGGGAAGUUCCAGCAGCUGCUGGAGGCUUCUUCUGAGCUGGAAAGGAGCCUCAGCCAUUUCUGUCAGAAAAACAUUGCUGUAAAGUUGACUAUGAACAAACUGAAAGAAGUUCUGCCAUUGGAACUGAAGACAAGAAAGGGGAAAUCCAUGGGAUCAGAUGGGAAGGUGAGUGUGACAUUGGAUCCAGAUACAGCUCAUCCCCGGCUUCUCCUGUCUGUGGAUCGGAAAAUUUUGACCUGGGACGUCAUACGGCUGAACUGCCCAGAACAUCCCCAGAGAUUUGAUUUGUCUCCUUGUGUGCUGGGCUGUGAGGGAUUCACCUCAGGGAGACAUUGCUGGGAGGUGGAGGUUGGGGAUGGGACAGCCUGGGCGGUGGGGGUGGCCACAGAGUCUGUGAAGAGAAAGGAGGAGCUCAGUGCUGCCCCUGAGGGAGGGAUCUGGGCUGUGCAGAGGUGGGGGUUCCAGUUCCAGGCUCUUACCUCACGUCCAACCCCCCUGUCUCUGAGCUGUGUCCCUAGCAGGAUCCAGGUGUCUCUGGACUGUGAACAGGGGCAGGUGGCAUUUUUCAAUGCUGAUAGCGAGGACCCGAUCUUCACUUUCCCAUCAACCUCAUUCAUGGGGGAGAGACUCCGCCCUUUCUUCUGGGUCUGGGGUAUAGGUUCCCAGCUCACACUCUAUUCCUGAGGCACCCGGUGGCACGUGGCUCCCAGUCUCAUGAAAUGAGCUGCUCCAGCCUCUGAUAUCCUAGUCUCUUUGGCCCCACGUUCCUGCAGAGAUGUUUAAAUGCAAAGUGAACAGACCAGAGAAGCUGCUGUCUCUGCCCCAUUGUGUGUCUUGUACUUGUCUCUGUCUCUCUCCCUCUGAGGGACCAUAACAGCCCUGCAAGGACUGGAAAAUGGGGGUUCACAGCUUGCCUGUCUCUGAAGGGGGCAGGGGAGUUUCCAGGAGCCCCAAGACUUGUAUGACUCUGUGGUCCCACAAAAGAGAACAUGCAUGUCAUGUGAAGGGAACCUGGUCAUGGCUGUAAUGCAUUCCUCAAAUCGACCUGCAGAGAGCUGUCUGGCUCCUCCCCCUUGUUUUCAGCUCCUGUGCUGCAUUCAGAUAGCCUUAGGAUUCCUUCCCCAGGUGAGCGAUUGCUGUGGUUGUCCCAGGGAUGUUGAGAAGAGGGGAGGUGGGCCCUGCAGAGAGAGGGUCUGUGGGCCCUGCAGAUAGAUGAUGGUCUGUGAGUCACUAUAUCUACUGGGGUGGGUGUACACUCUGUUUAGACUCACAACACUUCUGUGAGGUGGGGAAUUGCUGUUACCCCAUUUUAGAGAGAGGAACGUCUAGCAGAGAGCACAUAAAUGACUUGCCUGAAGUCAUCUAGGAAGGCUGUCACAGAGCAGGGAAUUGAACCUGGGUCUUCCAAAUGAACAGCUAAACCACCAGACUAGCUGCCUUCUCUGCAUUAGGAGCCUGGGAAAGGAGGAUACAGAUAAAGCUUUACGCAGGGAAAAUACAUCAGUAAAGUUUGUCUAAUGAUUCUGUCACUGACCCUCCCCACAAUCAGUGGGCCAGCCCUCUGCAGAGUCAGGUGAUCACAGUGGACAGGAACUGAGUAUGUGGUGGGAAUGAAAAUAGAUUAUUUUUUCAGGCCUGCUCUGAAAUUCUCAGGCUGCCUCUGAAUGCUCAGCUCAGCUCUGUGCUCAGCUUUCAGGCCCCACUGCCUUCCCCUCUCCUGGUCUGUUUGUGUUCCCUAGAUAAACUUCUCCACCUGGGCCCUGCUGUUUCUAAACAGAUUCCUUUGGAGGAAGAGAUGAGAAACAGAGACACACACAUCUCUCCAUCACUCACAAGCUCUACAACUCCCUGCUGCUUCUCUGGUGGGGAUCUAGGUGCUGUAAAUACACAUCAUGAGAGACAGCUCCUAAGGGAAAGAGCUUACAGUCUAAAUAUUAAAAGUAAUAACAGUAAUAAUGAUGAUGAUUUUGAAGAUGUCAGGAGCAACUCCAUGUCUAAGGCCUUCCACUUAAAGCAGCUAUUCAACUUCCAUUCAGUGAGAAAAGUGCAGAUUUUCUCCCCCAGAAUUACAGAACACAUCACCUGAGAACUUACAAAUAAAUCUGUUAAUGCCUUUAGGAAUUAACAUUAAAAAUGGGUCUGUUCAGAUAUUUAGCACUGACUGUCAGACCUUGCCAUGUAGUGAUACCAUUCCUAGCUCCAUACAAUCAUAAUUAAUUACAUAAGUUUUACCAGCAUCCGUGCUCGUGUGCAUAGCGCUAUGUCAGUGGGAGAUGCUGUCCCACCAACAUAGCUACUGCUGCUCAGUGAGCUGGUUUUAUUAUGUUGACGGGUGAGUUCUCUCCCAUUGGCAUAACAUGGCUACAUGAGCACUCUUAUGGUACAGCUGUAUAGGCGCAGCUGUGCUGCUGUAAGCAUCUGUGAUGAGUAAUGAAGGCUGGGGGAGGCUAAGCCUCCCCAAACUUUGAGCUGCCAGGGCAGGGGGCAGGUAGUGUCAGAUUAUCCCAGGGGCCCUGGCCAAUUUGAGCCCCUGAAAAAAUCUCCCCCCACCAAGGCCCCAGGGCUGGAGGAGCUCUCGCUCCCUGCCACAGUCCCCAGUCAAGGCACAGAACUUUUGUGGUCUCAAGGCCGCAGUGGAGAGGGGCGGUGGGAGUGAAGGAGAGAGCAAGGAGCAGAGCAUCAGGGGAAGAGGUGGGCUGGAGCUGGAACAGGGGCAGGGGAAGGGGUGGAAUGGGGUGCGGGUAUGGAUAGAAGGGGUGCGCCCUUGGCCGGAAGAGGUGAGAUGAGGCUAUCCUCCCCAAGGGAGAAGUUCCCCCCCACCCAUGUUUAUAAGUGUAGACAUGGAAGUUUUUCAAAAGCAUCUUUUCAAAAAUGACUUAGGGCUGGAUUUUCAAAGGUAUUGGGUACCUGAAGAUGCAGCUAGGGGCCUAGUGGGGUUGUCAAAGCAGGCUGCAGGGCUAAAAAUAAUAAUUUAGACAUUCUGGCUUGGGCUGGAGCCUGAGAUCUGAGACUGUCCUCUCACAUCAGGUUUCAGAGCCCGGGCUCCAGCCCAAACCUGAACUACGAUAUUGUUAUUUUAGCCCCAAAGCUGAGCCCCGUGAGCCCAAGUCAGUUGACCUGAGCACUAAGACUUGCUGAUACGGGUCUUCAUUUGCAGAGUAGGUGUAUCCUGAGUCUUCUUAGACUCUGACGGCCUGGGAGGGGGCAAACCUGUCCCUUAACACAGGAGAUUUACCCUUCUCUGUGGAAUUGAACAGGACCCUCUGGCUUGUACAGAGGAGUAGUGUGGUUAGAUUUGUAAAUGGCUAAUCACCUCCAAAACAAACACUUCUCUCUCCUUUGCAUCACCAUGGCUGCCCUGUCUUAUUUAGUCAGGGCAAGCUAUCCUGACUCCCUGAGACAAAGGGUGUGUGGGUUUAGUUACAUUUUCUCUGUCUAUACCACAAAUUGUUCCUUUUCCUUCUCUGUUUGUGGUGUUGGAACCUUUAAAACCGAAAUACAUUUUCUGGGUGUUUUCUGGAGCAAUCCAGACUGGGCAGA